AUGGCUCUUAGAAAAACCUUGUUUCUUGUCAGCACGAUAUUGAUUUUAAUAGAUACUGAAAUUAAUCAGGGAUAUCCAUAUAAGGCAAUGGGGAAGUCCGUGGAUCGAGGGCCAUGUCUACCGGUGAGCACUAGCAACUCCUGGAUGAUGCCGGUCGGAUCCUCUGGGACAGGGCGCCAGCCGAAGAUCCUAGUGUGCUCCUACUGCUCCUACAACACCGUCUACUUGACCAACUACCUCAACCAUGUCCGGAAGCAUACCGGCGAGAAGCCCUUCAAGUGUCCUUACUGCGCGUAUUGCUCCACCCAGAGAGGCAACUUGACCCGCCACACGCUGCGCUGCCCAGCCAAGCCGCGAUCCGUGACCUAG